AUGUCUAGCUGCCUUACUCAUGCCACGUCCCUUAGCUUCAACUACAACUUCUCUGCUCCCGCUGUCCUCGCCGGGGCCGAUCUUAAGUACAUGAACGACUCUGUCCCAGCCCUCGGCCGGAUCGAUCUGACGAACCACUCGAGGAGCUGGAGUACUGGACGAGUGGCCCACGGGCAGGCGCUGCGCCUCUGGGAUGACAACGCCGGCACAGUUGCCAGCUUCACUAGCACCUUCACCUUCGCCAUCAAGCCCGCCAGCAGCAACACCAGAGGUGAUGGCAUGGCGUUCUUCGUCGGGCCUUACCCGCCGAGCAUGCCCGCAGAUGCGAAAGGCGGGUACCUCGCGCUAUUCAAUAACCGCGACAACCCCGCAAACACCUACUUCCCACCUACUGUCGGUGUGGAGUUCGACACAUACAAGAACGCCGAAUGGGACCCCAAUGACACCAACUGCCACAUCGGUGUCAACAUCAACAACAUCAGAUCGAUUGAGUACACGGCGCUGCCAGAUGGGAUCUUCAACGGGAUCAUGAUAGCGUCGGUCAGGUACGAUGCCAUAGCGUCCACGCUCUCGGCCACGCUACAGUUCAUCGACCCGCAAGGACAGAACACAUACAUGGUCAGCACGAAUGUAAACCUGCGGAACGCCGGUCUGCCGCAGGAUGCGGCAGUUGGGUUCUCAGCGUCCAUUGCGGAUUUCAUCGAGCAACAUCAGAUUCUCUCUUGGUCGUUCGAGUCCACUAUGAAUGGUGAUGUGGUAUGCUCCAAUAAUACCACGCAGAAAAAUUCAAAGACAAAAAGCACAGGUCUAAUUGCAGGGCUAGUUUCCUCUGGUAUGUUCGUGCUACUUUCCAUAGCCACAUUGCUCGGCUACCGCCAAUAUUUGAAAAGGAAGAGUAUAUCAUCUAAAGACGGAGAGAUCCCUCUCGAAGACAUGGACAACCAGUUUCAAAAUGGGGCGGGGCCUCGGAGAUUCAGUUAUAGCGAGUUGUCGCGGGCGACAAGAAGAUUCUCUGAAGAGGAGAAGCUCGGUGAGGGAGGGUUCGGGGCAGUCUAUCGAGGGUUGUUGCAUGACCAGGGGCUCCAGGUGGCUAUCAAGAGAGUCUCCAAGACGUCGAGUCAGGGGAGGAGGGAAUACAUCGCAGAAGUGACCAUCAUCGGUCGGCUGAGACAUCGCAACCUUGUCCAACUUGUCGGGUGGUGCCAUAAAGCCGACAAGCUCCUCCUCGUCUACGAGCUUAUGACGAAUGACAGCCUCGAUGUCCAUCUGUACAAUUCGGAAAAAAUCCUAACAUGGGCAAUCAGGCACAAAAUCAUUCUUGACAUCGGGUCUGCGCUGAUGUACCUGCACCAGGAGUGGGACCAGUGCGUGGUGCACAGGGACAUCAAGCCCAGCAACGUGAUGCUGGAUUCGUCGUUCAACGCCAAGCUGGGGGACUUCGGCCUCGCGCGCCUCGUCGACCAUAGCCGCGACGCACACACGACGGCGGUGAUUGCCGGCACCAUGGGCUACAUGGACCCGAUGUACGCGGUGACCAGAAGGGCCAGUACCGAGACCGAUGUGUACAGCUUCGGCGUCGUCCUCCUCGAGGUAGCCUGCGGAAGGAGGCCCGUCAUCCAGGAGGAGGACGAGGCCAGGGCCGUGCUUGUCGAUUGGGUCUGGCAGCUAUAUGGGAGGGGCAAGCUCCUCGACGCUGCGGAUGCGCGAAUGGAUGCGCGAAUCGACGGUGAGUUCGACGCGCGCGAGGUGGAGCGUGUGAUGGUCGUGGGUCUAUGGUGCGUGCACCCGGACUACGGCUGCAGGCCGUCCAUCCGGCAAGCCAUGAGCGUGCUCCAACUCGAGGCGCCGCUCCCAGACCUCCCGCCGGACAUGCCAGUGGCGAUAUACGUGCCCCCGGGAGGAGGCCACGGAUCGAGCUACACGUCCUUGAAUGCGAGCGACGACACCGGUGGACUGUCGUCGGCAAGUGACCGAAUGGCGAAGAGCCGUUCUUUUGCCGUUUCCAGCACGAGGAGCGAGAAUGACGUCACCAAUGUAAUGAAUCAGGCCGCCGGCACGACCGAGCAUGUUCAGCUUAGGAACUACACCUCCUAG